AUGGUGCACGUUGGAAACGAGCAGAAUGAUCGAAACUCAGAGUCGGAAAGGAGCAAGGAGACCGAUUAUUCGCUCUCUCAGGGUGUGGACCUCGAGAAAGGGCUUGCGUUUACUUCCACUGGCGACGCCAUCUACGAGCCAGCCGCACCGAUCGAAGAGAUCAAGCCCAUCAUCAGCGAGUUUAUCGGAUACAUGGCCGGCCUCACCACAGUAUUGCUUCAAGUUGCUCAUCCGGUAGUCGGUCGUGGUGUUGGCAUCCACAGCGAGUUCUCUGUACCUAAUCGAGCAAAAGACAGAGCUGAUAAAACUGGAAUUUACGUAUACGUAAUGGUUUUUGGCGAACCAUAUGAGAAAGCCGCCAUGAGAGACUAUGUGAACAAGAUGCAUGGUCGAGUAAAAGGCGGACAAGGGAAGACAGCGUACUACGCAAAGGACCCUGAAGGUGGGGAUCAACAACAUCAUUGGUCUGCGCAGCUAUGGGUUGCCGCAACCAUGUAUGCAGACAUAAUCAGGAACUACGAGAAAGUGUACGGUCCGAUCGAGCCGCCCGAGAAAGCCGAACGCAUCUACAGGGAGUUUUCCUAUCUGGGGACAUCGCUGAACAUGCCUCCGGAGCUGUGGCCCAAGGACAGAGCCGCCUUCUGGGCAUAUUACAAUGACAUGAUCGAGAACAAGCUCGAAGUCACGCCUGAAGCCGAGAAAGUCUGCUACGAUCUCAUGCACCCGUGGAAGGCAACGCCAUGGUACAUGAAGCCUGUAUUCUUCAUGCUGAUGCCUACCUUAAAGGCCUUGACGGUGGAGUCAUUUCCGCCCAAGAUCCGUGAUCAGUACGGUCUGAAAUCAACGAGGAUGACCAGGUUUCGUAAUGCAAUGGUGCUGAAGUCAUUAUUCGCCGUGUAUCCUCAUUUACCUGAAUCCAUUAGACACCACGGCAAGAACAAGUAUAUGAAGAUGAUGAAAAAGAUGAUGGCAAAGCAGGGAAUCCAAGAAUUCCAAUAUCCAAAGAAGAGAUGA